GCCAAAAAUGAAACAAUCCUAAAGUCCUUCACUAAAGGCGAGUCGAUCAUCACGCCGAUUCCUUUAUCUCAAAAUUCUAGUCCGUUGGUAGCUGUCAAAUGUUCUCCGCAGGGUCAUACCAAAACUUCUACUCCUAGUCAUGUAUCCGUUAGACCAUUUGCAAACUCUGCCAAUAAAUCGGCACAAGCGGAUCGCGCCAUGAAUGCGGCUGCACAAACUGUAACGCCUCCAAGUCGACCUGUUCGAGGUGCUGAGUCUGCUGACAAAUCUGAUUCUUUUAUACACUCUCCUUCCGGUAAUGGUAGUCCUGAUCCGAGAGCAUCCGCAUCUAACUCUUUUGAGACUUCCAAGAAGCGUCGUGUCAUGGACGUUCCACAAAUCACUCUUAACGAAUUGAAUUCAAUUAUGGAACGGCUGCAGCAACAGUUUAACCAAGAAACUGACCAACAAGAAUUCCCGAUUUUCCCUAAGCCCACCAAGGCUAAACGUUCGAAGCCAAUCUAA